GUGUUGGCCGCUCUUACGUUCCUCUCUGCUACGAUGCUGCAUCCACUUUCAGAUGUAAAAUAAAUAUAACCUUAUAUCUCUAUUAUUAAUUGAUCAAAAAUUUUUAUCAUAAAAUUUAAAGAAGAACACAACCAUUCUACAUAUUGAUUGAAUCAUUUGAAACAUUUCGAUUUUAAAAACAUGAGUUGUCAAAGAGGUAAUGCUAAUCGAUCGAGGGCACAAAAACAUCAAAAUCACACAGCCUUUAAAAAUAACCUGCAUGACACAUCUCAUAAAACAAAGUUGAUUAAUAAUAUCGAAGUUGUCAAUGUAUGCGAACGUUGCAAAAAGAUAAUAGAAUGGAAGAUCAAGUAUAAAAAGUACAAGGCACUUAAAGUUCCUGCAAAAUGUACAAAGUGUGAGCAAAAAACUGUAAAACAUGCUUAUCAUACAGUAUGCUUGCCUUGUGCCAAACAACAAGAAGUUUGUCCAAAGUGUGGAAUAAAAAGUGAAAUUGUAGAAGCAAAGCCUAGCAGGGAAGAACAAAUUAAAUUGGAUGCAGAACUUCAAGCACUUCUAAAAACAUUACCCGAGAGGAAACGAAGGACAUUUUUACGUUAUAUAAAUCAGAAAGAUAAAAAUAAGAAGAAAGAUUCUGCUGAAUCAGGUACAAGUGAAGUUGAAGACACAAGUGAGAAUACAAUAAAUUCCAAAAACAGGGAAAAUUUACUAGUGAAACUUAAAUCGUUGUCUGUCAAAGAAGAGGAAGAAGAUAGCUGUGAUAGUGAUAUUGAUGACUUAGAUUCACUUACAUAGAGAAAAGCUUUACCAAUAAACUUUUUAUUAUAAUAUAA